AUGUCCACUGACAACGCCUUAGACUUUUAUACACUUGUCAGUGCGAGUUCUAUAACACACCAUCAUCAUGCCGUCCUCACGCUGACAGGAGAAGUUGCGUCGGCUGUGUGGACGACUCAUCAACCUAGUAAAGGCCUUUCGAGACGUGAUCAUAAUAUGGCCUUGAUAUGUGAUAUAAUCGCGGGCGUUUUGAGCAAUGAUGAACGUGUGUGGCACCAGAUCAACGCCGUUACAAAUGACAACAAAUGGCGGAGGAAAGAAGAACAGAGAUGCGGUGCUGCCACCACUCGAGCACUCCGAUUCAAACACAAUUCAUAUGUCACGGACUUUGCACGUGCUUUAGGCGUUGCCGCGGAACGCGAGCUACUUGGAGGCUCCAUUAGGAUACAUACCAGACCUCCUUUUGUUGAAGUCACUUGCGAGGGCAACCUCGAAUCAAAGUUGGCCCUCUGGCUGGACUUCAUGACCGCUUUGGUGAGGCCACCAGAAAUGAUCGAAGACAAGGAUUCAGAAACGGUGCCAUCUGGUGGGAAAUCCUAUACUUUUGAAUCCGUAGACAUGGCUCUGAAUUUUCACGCCCUUCUUCAUAGAGCCUCCAUAUCAAAUGGCCACCCCGUGGAGUCAUACAUCACAGGGACUGGCACAGCGAUCAAUGUAACACUCAUACAUUCAGAUAACGAACAAAUGGUAGAACUGUUCAGUAUAUUCUCGGAUGUUUCAAGUGGCAAGAAGUAUGUCUCUUACCAAAGCGAGCAUGAACCAGAACAAAGACAAUGGUAUUUUGGUAGCCAAACAAAAGUCAUGAACUUUGCUCGUGCUGUAGCACUUGUUGCUAGCCCUGUCGAACUUUGGUCCAUAGUAUCCGACUACAAUAGUGUGCUGUUGUCCAUGAAUAGCAAAGCUUGUGUGGGAUUAGGUCCUUGGCUGGACCUUCUGUUAACGCGUUUGGUGAAGCCCGACAAGGAGAAUGAGGUGCCAAGAUGUGAUAGUGCACCCUGA